AUGAACACAGAGAACGAUAAAAAGAGAUCUAUUGAUGCGGCAUCACUACAACAACCACUUGCCAAAAAACAUAAACCACUCGAUGAGUUGAGUUCUGAAGGUCCAUUAACUCAAGCUGAUGUGAUUUAUUUCAAGAAAGAAGCCAUAUGGCGACGAAUGAAUCAAUACAAGCAACAGGUGCUUCAGUUGAAAAGUGAGGUACAGAAAUUGACUAAAGAGUCUGAACUUCAAAAGCAAGUUGUCGGUGUGCUAACUUCAUGGUACGAAGAGAUCAUAAACUUGUUUGACGAAAUAGGCGAGGAUGAAAAUAUUCUCGUGUCUUUUAACGAGACAGAAAAUGAUGGUCAUCAGGUAGAUAAGAAGCUAAAGGAUAUCAAAAUCAAACUAUCCAAAGCUAUAGCAUCAAAGGUUUCACCUGAUUCAAACUUGGUAUCGUUAAAACAAGUGAGUUUAUUAAAGAGUCAAAAUGAAAUUCUAGCGAAGGAUAAACAAUCUUUGUCAGAGAAAUUGGAACUUUUACAAUCGGAAUUGCUUGAUUUGAUAAACAUGACUUCUAGAAACGAAUCAAUUACGUUGAAACGCGUGGAUGAUAGUAAAAAGAAGAGUUCAAGUAGUGAAGAGGUAAAAGCUGAAAGCCAAACUGGUAAAGAAACUGGAGGUGUCAAUGAGGAUAAAGCUGGUCUCGCUAAUGGCGACGCUACUCCAGAUGGACUGAAUGGUAAAGCAACGGUGGAUACCGAGGAGUUGGAUAAAUUGAAUAACGAGAUCGAGCAAUUGAAAUUGGAAAAUGAGGAAUUACUUCGACAAGCAUCCAUCUUUCGAGAAGAAAAUCAAAAGUACCUUGAGAAAUACAACAAUUUAGAGAUCAAAUUACAUAAUCUUGAAGAAUCAGAUUUGGAAGUGAAUGUGUUUUACAAAAAAUUGGUCAAAAACAACCAAUCUUUACAAGAUCAAAUCAGUAAAGUAAACAAAUUGAAUGCUUUGAACAUUUCCAAGAUUAAUGAAUUGGAAAAGAAUCAAGUUGAUUUAAAAAAGACAUUGGAGGCAGAUUUGAUCAACGAAAAUGAAAAUUUAAAACAACAAUUGAGCAAGAGUGAACAAGAUCUAGUAAGAAUAAGAACAACUAGAGAUGAACUAUUGGCUAAAAAUACUAUCCUUACUAGUCAACUACAAGAUCAAAAGACAAACAAGUCAUUAGUUGAAUUGAAUGAGAUAUAUUCAAGGAGAAUUGAUGAGUUAACAAAGGAAAAGUCUGAUGCAACUACAACAGAAGGAACAUCUGAUGAUGAAAAGAUUCAAUUACUACGAAAAGAAAUUGACGAAAUUGAACAUGCGUUUAAACAAACACGAGAAUUAACUUUUCAAAAAUUGAAUUCCACAAUUGAUCAAGAAAACCUUGUCAAGAAAUUAACCAUUGAGAAAACUAAAGCAGAUCAGAAAUAUUUUGCAUCAAUGAGAGUUAAAGAUUCGUUAACUAACGAAAAUAAAGUGUUGAAACAACAAGUAAGCAAAUCACAAGAGUUAAUCAAGAAUUUGAAUGAAUUGGAAACUAACUAUUUAAACAAGAUUGAAAUUCUAACCAAAUCAUUAACUGAUUACAAGAUAAUAAAGGAGAACUCUCUACAAGAGAAUUACAAUUUACAAGAUGAGAUCAAAAAUACUAAUAUAAUUAAAGAUUCCUUACAACGAGAAAUAGAAAGGUUAUCCACUAAGCUAAAUGAAUUGAAUACCGAAUUAAAUGAAUUGAAGGAUUCAAACAAGAGUCAAUCGAUAGCAAUUGUUAAAUUGAAUCAAAAACUUGAUCAUACUGAAUCCACAUUACAGAAAUACAAGAGUAACAACACCAGUUUAUUAUUGCAAGAGGAUGAACAACAAUUGGAAGCAUUAAGAUCAAUCGCCAAGUGUUCGGUCUGUACAAAAAAUUGGAAAGAUACAGCAAUAACUGUUUGUGGGCAUGUUUUUUGUUCUAGUUGUACUCAAGAAAGAUUGGCUGCUAGAUUGAGAAGAUGUCCUAGUUGCAAUAAAGGGUUUUCAAGUAAUGACUUGUUGACAAUUCAUUUGUGA